UAACACCUCCCAGUGUGUCAAAACGACCACGACAGCAGAAGUGGAGUGCCGGAUAUUAUAUAAGUAACCUAGGUAAAGAAACUUUCACGAGAACUUUUGUCUUCCGUCAAAUUCACUCUGCGGCAGAAGAUGGCACCCUCCAUGGCAGUGUUUUCCUUGUUGUCUGCAACACUGGUAGUUUCUCUUGUUCAUGGUGGACUCAUUCCAACAAAUAGCGGCAUGGGAAUGCUGGUAGUCCCAAUCGGUAAUGGUGAGGAACCGGCCAGACCCGUGGUCAUUAUCCCAGUUGUGUUGGGACAUCAGAGACCCAUGAUGCCAAAACCCAUGAUGAUGCCCAUGAUGCCAAAACCCAUGAUGAUGCCCAUGAUGCCCAGACCCAUGUCACCCAAGCCUGCGAUGAUGAAGUACCCUAUAUCGCAAAACAUGAUGCCAGCUCAACCACAACAGAUCGAGAGACCAGAAAUCAAGACAGAUGCCAGAGGUCGACAAACUCUGGAAUUCUGAAGAAAAUGCCCAUUCCAGUGAUGUUUUAUAUCGCCAGAAGUCGCAUUAAAAUGUUUAUCCUUCACUGAAGUCUGUGAUACUUUAUGUAGAUUUAGAAUAAACAUCUCUACCUUCGUAGAUUCCUCUUUUA